GAAAAUGAAGAAAAUAAGGAGAUGAUGGAGAGAGAGAGGAAAAAGAGAGAGGGAGACAGAGAGAGGAAAAAGAGAGAGGGAGAGAGAGAGAGGAAAAUGAGAGAGGGAGAGAGAGACAGUGAGAGAGAGGAAAAAGAAACAGAAACACUGUACAAAAUAGAAAUAAAUAGCUCUACAUCAUGUCUCCAUAUUGCGCGGUUAUAUUAGCAUAUCAUGAAUUAUUCAUGAUCACGUUGUGUCCUGUAAGUGACAUGUCUGAAACGCAGGUGCUUUUUAUCUUAUUUAUAUAUUUUUAAACCAUGUUUUCUAUAUUCUAGACAAUAUCAGAGCUGUAAAAUCCCACACAGCGGUGAAAUGUUAGCAUGGUGUUAUCACGGUGUAAACAGAAGGUAGAUGAUUAACAUGGGGUAAGCUUUGUUCGGAGGCUCAUUUGCAUAUUAUGUAAGCAGGAAAACAAUGCACGAGGCAAUGCUGUGAGAAAAUAAUCAAUAAACGACAGGGUGAGUGUGUGAUGUCCUUUUACUGCCAACACCAGCAGUGUGUUAUUUAUUAAAGAAAGACAUUUAGGUACUAUCCGUUUAUAGCUUGUUAUAGCAGUUAAGUGACACUGGAGACUCCUUCCUUAAAUGUUAACCACGAUCACAUGCUUUGACCUUUGCUUUUGUUACUAUAGAAACGAUAUCAUGUCAGAACGAGCGCAUUAACGUUCAUAUAUCCCUCUGAUUUGUAUCCACAGAUUUCUAAACUUCUGGCUCAGACCUCAUUUGCAUAUUGUUUCCAUGAAUCAUCCAGUAAAACGGCUUAGUCAGGGAGCUCAUUUGCAUAUUCAUCUGUGAUUUGCAUAAUGGAGUAUGUGGAAAUGCAACUGUACAUUCGACUUGUUUGUCUCCGUCAUCAGUGAAGUGUGUGUGUGUGUGUGUGUGAGACGGGUCCGUGAUUUAGUGUUAUUAAUGAGAUUUCUAUUUUCUCGCACCACUGAGCUCUGAAUAUCAGGAGAUUAGCAUGAAAAUAAGACAGGACGAUGAACUGCACACGCCUUCACAGAGCACACGGCCAUUGUGUGUGUGUGUGUGUGUGUCAGGGUGGCAGAUGGGGUGUGGAGUUCCGGGCCCCAAGGAGCAGAUGGAGAUCUGAGUGUGAGAUGGAGACCUGAGUGUGAUGAUCACAAUAUAGCAAUUAUUAGAAAUGCCAGAAUUUUCUAUUUGUUGUAGAGUUUAUUGAGUUGCAAUACAUCGAUUUAUCUAUCCGUUCUUCAGUCCAUCCACCCAUCCAACCAUUCAUUUAUCAGUCAAUCUUUCUAGUUAUCUGUUCAUCUAUCCUUUCAUUUAUCCUUCCAUCCAGCCAUUCAUCUAUCAGCCUAUCCAUCAUUUUAUUCAUCCAUGCUUUAAUUUAUCCAUCCAUCCAUUUAUCCCUCCAUUCCUCAAUGUAUCAGUCCAUCCAUUUAUCCUUUCAUCCACCCAUUUAUCCAUCCAUUCAUUCAUUUAUAAAUCCAUCCAUCAUUUUAUUCAUCCAUCUAUCCAUCCAUUCAUUUUUCCAUCCAUCUCUUUAUUUCUUUAUUCCUUCAUACAUUUAUCCAGCUAUUAUUUCUUAUCCAUUCAUCCACUGAACAUAAAAUCUUCUUAAGAAAAAAAUCCUUUGUUUGCACUGGUGACAGCCAUCUGAUGAGGUACCAACCACCUACCCCUCUAUCUAUUUAUCUAUCUAUUUGUCUAUCUGUUUAUGGAAUUCUGUACAUUCUGGCAGUAAAAUGAAAGGUCAGGAACGUCUUCAGGAACAUAACCGGAGUCUUGUGCUCUAUAUUUAUUCUGACUAGACUCCCGUGUUGCCCCUGUGGGGUUUUCCCCCGGGAGCUGAGGUCGUAGACACACGUAGCCGAAAGGAACUGGAGCGAAUCCCUUUGUCAGGGAGGAUACUGUACAGAGCUUCUGCUGCUCACAUCAGAGCAUUCCGGAACGAUCUACAGCUCCGUCUCAGAAGCUCACUCCACUCCGGCCGGGAUCUCAGUGGAGCCGGAGUCUAUCACGGGAACGCCGUGUGGGAGAUCGGAGAUCGACUCGUCAUGCCUGUAGCCACCACUCACACAGAGCCUGUUCUGUCGCAGGUGGAUGCUCUGAGUGACAGCACCAGCUCCGCCACCGCCAAUGACCUCGACCUCAUCUUCCUCAAAGGCAUCAUGGAAAGUCCAGGGAAUGCAGAGAGUCCGGAGGAACCUCGUCUCGAGGCGGUGGGAGACAAAAACAUAGAGUUGCUGCAGGACAUCCUGAGGGACCUGAGUCCCAUCACACACCGCAGUAACACGGCUGCCGAGCUCUCCAACAUCCUCAACCAGCCCCAUUUCCAGUCUCUCCUGGAGACUCACGACUCGGUGGCCUCUAAAACAUGUGAAACUCCUCCCCCGAGCCCACAAGCUGCCGUGGAACUGAACCUGCCUCCGGUCCCCACUGACGCCGUGCGCAUGGUGGGCAUCCGCAAAGUGGCCGGGGAACAACUGGGCGUGACUUUCCGGAUUGAGAAGGGAGAGCUGGUGAUCGCUCGGAUCCUGCACGGUGGGAUGAUCGAUCAGCAGGGGCUCCUCCACGUGGGGGACAUCAUAAAGGAAGUGAACGGGAAGGACGUAGGGGACGACCCGCGUGUUCUCCAGGAGGUGCUGCAGGAGGCCAGUGGCAGCAUCGUGCUCAAAGUCCUGCCCAGCUACCAGGAGCCGCAGCCCCCCAGACAGGUCUUUGUGAAGUGCCAUUUCAAUUACGACCCGGCCAGCGACAACCUGAUUCCCUGUAAGGAAGCCGGACUGCAGUUCAACAGCGGAGACAUUCUGCAGAUCGUCAACCAGGAGGACGUCAACUGGUGGCAGGCUCGACGGGUUCAGGGAGGACGUGCCGGGCUCAUCCCCAGUCAGCUGCUGGAGGAGAAGAGGAAAGCGUUUGUGAAGAGAGAUGUGGAGCUCCCACCAGCAGGUACACUGUGUAGCGGGAUCGGAGGCAAGAAGAAGAAGAAAAUGAUGUAUCUGACCACCAAAAACGCAGAUUUUGACAUGCAUGAGCUGAUGAUCUAUGAGGAAGUGGCCCAGGUUCCUCCGUUCAAGAGGAAAACGCUGGUUCUGAUCGGAGCUCAGGGAGUCGGCCGGCGCAGCUUAAAGAACAAGCUCCUGGUCUCGGAUCCUCAUCUGUUCGGAACCACGAUUCCCUACACUUCCAGGAAGCCUAAGGCAGGCGAGAGGGAGAGCAGGAUGUACGCCUUCACGAGCCGAAGCAAAAUGGAGGCUGACAUAAAGGCAGGUCGUUACCUGGAGCAUGGCGAAUAUGACGGAAACCUGUACGGCACCAAGAUCGACUCCAUCCACGAGGUAGCCGAGGCAGGACGUCUCUGCAUCCUGGACGUCCACCCGCAGGCUCUGAAGAUCUUAAGGACAUCAGAGUUCCUGCCUUAUGUAGUUUUCAUUGAUGCUCCAGAGUUUGAGGUGCUCAGAUCCAUGAACAGAGCAGGCAUCGAGGCCGGAGUGGUCAGCAAAGAGCUAACGGAUGCUGAGCUGAACAGGAUACUGGAUGAUAGCUGGAGGAUUAAGAAGGCGUAUGGACACUACUUCGACCUGACCAUCGUAAACGACGGCCUGGACAGGACCUACAGCGGUCUGAAGGCUGCACUGAAGAAGCUGAGCGGAGUUCAGCAGUGGGUUCCGGUCAGCUGGGUGUUUUAGAAAACUAUCCCUCAUUCAAAACUCAUUUCAGUUACAUGAAAGUUUAUUUAUUUAUUUAUUUAUUUAUUUAUUUAUUUAUUUAUUUAUUAUACUGAGUGAGAGUGUGUUUUGUAGCUUCUACCUGCCCUUCACACGUCGCUAUAUGUGUAAAAAAAAGUAGGCUCUGUCUCAAAUCACACAUCACUUGAUUAGAAGUGAAAUUUAACCCUGCCUCACGACAAGCUCCAAUCAGCGAUAUUCCAGAUUAUUACAGUGUUUAUAAGCCUGAGUGUGUGAUUUGAGACACGUAAUUAAUAACAGACGUACACGAUGACCAGCUAACAGGCGCAGGGACUAUAGCAACGUCCGAAACUCUUGCACUAAUACAUCAGGGAGAUAAACACACAGUCCACUACCAGGAACUGCUUUACUGUUUGUUUUCACUUCCUAAUGUGAACUAAUACAACACUGAUGAUGAUGAUGAUGGUGGUGGUGAUGGUGAUGGUGGUGAUGAAGCAUAAAGCAUAUGGAAGCUGUACUGAUUUGGGUGACUGGAUCGUCUGAAGUGCUGAAAUAUACAAAUCCCAGUGCCAAGGAAAAAAGAAAGAAGCAGAGGUUCAAUGGAAAAAAAUUCCAGAAAACGGUCCGAAAGUUUUAUAAAGCGAGCCAACACACAACAGCAGACUCUGAUAGCUGUGAGGAUGAGGAGGUAGUAGUGUUCACUCGUUUAUUAACAGGGUCUAAUGAACACCUUCACAUGAGGUCAGCAAAACAGUACGGUCUGGUCCAGUUUGGUUUGACUGGACGUUAUUACAGAUAAUAGUCCAGCGACUCUACAGAGAAAUAAAACACAGAGAGCAGGAGUUAGAGUUGAGGAAACUCAUGUCCACUUUCCAUUUUUGAUUGACUGACUGACUGACUGACUGACUGAUUGAUUGGUUGAUUGACUGAUUGAUUGGUUUAUUGAUUGAUUGUAUGAUUGACUGGUUUAUUGACUGAUUGAUUGGUUUAUUGACUGACUGACUGAUUAACUGAUUGAUUGGUUUAUUGAUUGAUUCACUACCUGAUUGAUUUAUUGACUGGUUGAUCGACUGGUUAACUGAUUGAUUGGCUUAUUAAUUGAUUGAUUGAUUGACUGAUUGAUUGACUGACUUAUGGACUGACUGAUUGACUGAUGCUGAUUGCUCCUCCAAGAUGGUGGUUAAUUCCAAACUCCGCCCUUUCAAGAGCUUUAGGAAAAGUAAAACCAAUUGACUGAUUUAUUGAUUGACUGUUCGGUUUAUAGAUUGAUUGAAGGACUGAUGGGUUGGUUUGUUGACUGAUUGAUUGGUUUAUUGACUGACUGACUGAUGCUGGUCCUCCAAGAUGGUGUUUAAUUCCAAACUCCGUACUUUAAAGAGCUUAAGGAAAAGUAAAAGCAAACAUUUCAAACUUCCUGCAAGAUCCCGUUUUUCAAAUACAAUCAUGUUAGCUGAGUUUUUUUAGAGACAAAACACUUCAAAGGAAGUAAUGUGACAUCAUUAGCAGGACAAUUAACGGCUUCGUGAUCACGUGACCAGGUUAGACGCUCAGGUUAGGCUCUUUGUGAAAUCAGGAACUGUGUAGAAUAGGUUAGCUGUCACUACUUGACCCGUACCAGAAACACGAUUUGUACUGCGCAUGUGCGGAACUGAGUCUACCUCUGGUCUGUUAUGAUGAAACGAUUUACCACAGUUUAUUUAUACGCCAGAUAUUUAUAAUGUAGUUAUAGUGCUACUAAUAAUAUAACAGCAGCAAUUCCACGCAGUACAGAUUGUGUUUCCGGUACGGAUUGAUUAGUGACAUUAGCCCUCAUUUUGAAAUUCUGAGCUUUAGCAUAAAAUGGGGAAAAUACUUAGCGAAUGAAUAUGAAGUUAAUGCUGUUAAAUUUGGCUUGAAAAGAAAACCAUGAAGUAAAUGGAUGUGUUUAUUGUGGUCUACUUAAAAACACUAACACGACGAGGAGUAAUCAGCUCGCCACGCAUGACUUACCGGAGUCACGUGUACAGGUGCAACACGGUUCUUCCACGACUUCCGGUUCUUCUUCUUUUUCUUUUUUCUUUUUUAAAUCUUUUUUUUUUAUUUUAUUUUAACCCAAUUUAUUUCAAUUAAUUGUAUUUUAAAUUAACUUAUGUAAGUAAUUUAAAAUAACAUUUAAUUAAUUAAUUUAUUUAUUAUUAUUUUUUUUGUUUUGUUUUGUUUUUUUGUUUAAUCUCCAAGACCAAACUAUAUGGACCAAAUGUUUUAAAAUCAAAGCAGUUCCUGGUAGUGGACUCAUAUUUACAGACACUACUGUAGUUUCCCUUACAGAAAAAUCACACGUGAUGGCAAACUGAAAUCGCACGUGGACAACAUGGAUGGUUUAAUUCGUACGAGAAAAAUCACACCAUUGAUAUGAAAAAUGAGCAUAUGGAGGAAAAACAUACAAAAUGUAAGCCCUGUGUGAAAUAUGAAAGCUCUUAUUAAAUCCAAACACAUGACGAUUCACACGUGACUUUUCUGUAAGGAUCAGUCUUGAGAUAGAAACCAGAUUCAAUCCUCACAUCACUGUUUUUAUAAGAAGACGAUAUAAACCUAUAGUAUUGACCAAUGCAAUAGUUAAUAGUCUGCUGUUUUUUCUACCGAAUUCUAUUUUAUUACAUCUUCAGUGUGCUUUCUUAAACUUCAUAAACUUUAAUCGUCGUGCACGUGCAAACUGUAGUAGCAUAGGAUUGUGUUUUUCUUUUUCAAACCAGGGAGGCUUGUAUUUAAAUCCCACAUUUAUACACUAUAUUGCCAAAAGUAUUUGGACACCCCUCCAAUUCAUUGAGUUUUGGCCUGACUCGCAGUCUCCCCUCUAAUUCAGUUCUAUGCGGUUGAGGUCAGGACUCUGUGCAGGCCAGUCAAGGGGAAGGGGUCAUCCCCAAACUGUUCCCACAAAGUAUGAAAUUGUCUAAAAUGUCUUGGUAUGAAGCUGAAGCAUUAAGAGUUCCUUUCACUGGAACUAAGGGGCCGAGUCCAACCCCUGAAAAACAACACCUGAACUCAAUAACUUGAGGGGUGUCCCAAAACUUUUGGCAAUUUAGUGCAUCUUUAUUGUUUCCCUACAGAUUGAAUGGAUUAUAUUAUAUAAUAUAAUAUAUAAUUACAUAUAGCAGCUCAGUUGACCAGAAACCUCCAGUUAUGUCAGAUCAGUGGCAGUGUUGUGGCUUACUUCGUGUUGAUGAUGAACCAAUAGAUGAGUAACGAGGAGAGAAUAAAGUGUGCAUGCCAUCUGUGAAGUGUUUCCGCACUGCAUGUGUUAUUCAACAUGGCAUUAAAUCAUCCACCGCUUUGCAAAAAAACAGCAAAUUAGCCGUGUUGUUAUCUGCUCUGUGACGAUCUCCAUACUGACAAUCCACUCAUCUUCAUUCAUGCAAGCUGUAAAGCAUGGAUACCGGCAGCUAUUUAUUAACGAAGGGGAAUUUGAAAUAAAGCUUACUGUCUUUUGUUUUCGUGAUAUUUUCAACAAAAUGUAGCUCCAGUGAAUGUAUAGGCUACACAUGUCCUGUUCUGAUUGUGAUAUGUUUUUUCUGAAAUAAA